CAUUUUUAACACAUUGCGCUGAAAUCAAGGGGAGUAAUUUUGUAACUUCCGGUUUAUUUAUUUGUCUUUUUUUUUUUCAUAGUUUGACAUGGAAAUAAACGCACCAGAGGAUGGUGAGAGCAGUGCAGAUUUAGCUGAGGAUGAGUUGAUAACUGUGAUGAAUGACAUAAUUGAUGAUGUCACACUCGGGCUUUGUUUUGAAGUGCACCGAUCUAGUAAACUUGGAACACUUUUCCUGGGCGAUACUGAUCCGCAGUCACAGGUUGAACAUGCAAUUGUGGACCGUCCAGGUGUUGAUGUAUUUGGAAACCCACCUGCGAAGAAACAGUUAGAAUGUGUGUGUCCAAACUGCCAGAGAAAUCUUGCCGCAUCAAGAUUUGCUCCACAUCUUGAAAAAUGUAUGGGCAUGGGAAGAAACAGUUCCAGGAUUGCUAGUCGCAGAUCACAGAAAGUGUUGAAAGACAGACUGGGACAAGAUCCAUUAAAACAUGACAGUGGGGAGAGUGAUGAUGAUUAUAAUGAUGCAGACUGGUCCAUGUACCCUGAUAAGAAAAUUAAAAAGUUAAGGAAGGAAAAAAGAAGCAAUUCUCCAAGACGACACAAAAAUUCACGUUUGAAGAAUGGAUCAGCAUUAGCGGAGUCAAGUCUUCAUCUGUCAGAAAUGGCGUACAAGCAGGAGAGGGCGGAUACCCCGGAUUCUAUAGGUGGUUACGAGUACAUGACACUAGAGGAUAAAAAGACUUUAUUAAUGUCUACAUGUGGAGUGAUUUCUGGUCAUACAAAGAAAAUGUGCACUAGGUCCCAUAAAUGUCCCCAACAUUCAGAUGAACAGAGACGACAAGUCAGACAUUUCUUGUUAGGAACAGGAUUACAUGGUGAUGAUGAUGAUAAUGUUGAUAUAGACACGUAUGUAGAUGGUGAUAGUCAAUCUCUACGAGAAUCUCUACAGUGGGAGGCAGCGUCAAACACAUCCUCGCCAACCGAUUCUACAUCUACAAAUAACAGUAAUAGUAAUUCACACAGUAGUUCCAGAAAACGUCACGGAAAAAGUAGUUCCAAGUCAUCAAAGAAAAGAAAGUUGGCAAAGUCUCAUUCAUAUCAUAGUUCCGUAGUGUCAAAUAGUCAGUUACCUAAUAUGUAUGAAUUUGAUUGAUGUUUACAUGUAUUUUAGUUAAUUUAUUAAAUUGCAAUAUUUAAAUAUUGUAGUGUUACUGGUAAAGAGUUGCUAAUUUGCAUAAUUUAUGCUAUAUUGUCAAAGGUGAAAUAUAUCCCUAUGGAACAAGUGCUUCUCCAUUUAGGUUAAUCAAUGUCUGUAGGUUUGCAAUAUUGCUUGAUCAUUUUAAGCUUGACUAAUGGAAGAACAAGUAGAUCUAUCUGACUUACCUGUUCGUCGGUAUCUGCGUGAUGCUGUCUGCAAGGCAUCAGUGUAUCGAUUUGGUUAUGUUUUUGUAUGUAAGCUGGUAUCUCGGUAACCACUUAUGGGAGUACUUUGAAACUUCACACACUUAUUCACUGUGAUAAACUGACUUACAUUGCUUUGGUUCAGUAACUGUUUCGCUUUUUUACAAAAUUAUGCCACUUUUUGGGUGUUCAUAUUUAUUCAUUUGACAAGGGUGUUGAAUAGUCAAGCAUUGCUGUCUUCUGACAGCUCUUAUUAGCUCAUCUGAUUUUUUGAAAAAAAAUGAUAAGUUAUUGUCAUCACUUGAGCGGUUGUCGGCGUCGGCGUCAGCAUCUGCAUUGGCGUUGCCUUAUUAAGUUUUAUGUCUAGGUCAGCUUUUCUCCUAAACAAUCAAAGCUAUUGCUUUGAAACUUGGAAUACUUGUUCACCAUCAUAAGCUGACCCUGUAUAGCAAGAAACAUAACUCCAUCUUGCUUUUUGCAAGAUUUAUGGCCCCUUUUGUACUUAGAAAAUAUCAGAUUUCUUGGUUAAGUUUUAUGUUUAGGUCAACUUUUCUCCUAAACUAUCAAAGCUAUUGCUUUGAAACUUGGAAUACUUGUUCACCAUCAUAAGCUGACCCUGUAUAGCAAGAAACAUAACUCCAUCUUGCUUUUUGCAAGAUUUAUGGCCCCUUUUGUACUUAGAAAAUAUCAGAUUUCUUGGUUAAGUUUUAUGUUUAGGUCAACUUUUCUCCUAAACUAUCAAAGCUAUUGCUUUGAAACUUGGAAUACUUGUUCACCAUCAUAAGCAGACCCUGUACAUCAAGAAACAUAACUCCAUCUUGCUUUUUGCAAGAUUUAUUGCCCCUUUUGGACUUAGAAAAUCAGUUUUCUUGGUUAAGUUUUAUGUUUAGGUCAGCUUUUAUCCUAAACUAUCAAAGCUAUUGCUUUAAAACUUGCAACACUUGUUCACCAUCAUAAGUUGACCCUGUACAGCAAGAAACAUAACUCCAUCCUGCUUUUUGCAAGAUUUAUGGCCCCUUUUGGACUUAGAAAAUAUCAGAUUUCUUGGUUAAGUUUUAUGUUUAGGUCAACUUUUUCUCUUAAACUAUCAAAGCUAUCGCUUUGAAACUUGCAACACUUGUUGACCAUCAUAAGCUGACCCUGUACAGCAAGCAACAUAACUCCAUCCUGCUUUUUGCAAUAAUUAUUGCCCCUUUUGGACUUAGAAAAUCAUUUUCUUGGUUGAGUAUUAUGUUUAAAUCGACUUUUCUCAUAAACUAUCAAAGCUAUUGCUUUAAAACUUGCAACAGUUUUUCACCAUCAUAAGUGGACACUGAACAUCAAGAAACAUAACUCUAUCCUGCUUUUUGCAAGAAUGAUGGCCCUUUUUAGACUUAGAAAAUCAUGGGUAGGACAAUAUUUCUAUUACACAAAAAAAAUCAGAUGAGCGUCAGCACCCGCAAGGCGGUGCUCUUGUUUUUUUCAGGCAUUAGAAGCCUUUUGAAUCCCAUGAGGUUGUCAUUUUUACUUCACCAUAAGAACAUCUGAUUAAAAGUUUAUGGUGACCAUUCAAGAAGUAUGUAGUCAGAAACUCAGCCAAAGUAUAUGCUCUGUGUGGCAGUUGAUUUGCAAAUUAGUCCAUAGUCUUUCAUUUAAAGUGGCUGUUAUCUUAACAGUCCAUAUUUGCAUAUCUGAAAUACUUUGUAAAACUGAUGCUCAAGCACAAAAUGAAAUAACCUUUUACUAAAUUUCUAACAUGAACUGGUCCAUCAUCCAAUUUGGGCAGUACCACUUAUUAUUCGAAGGGGUGUUCACUGAAAAAUUACUGACUGAAUGGAGAACAUGGUCUGCACUGGUCGCAAAGGCAUAAUCACAUGCUGCCAGCAAGCUAAAGGUUAAAAUGUGCUUUGAUAUUUUGUAUACUUGUUUUAUGUUUGUUUCUAAAGGGACCAGUAUUAUUUAAAAACGUGAUAAUGUAGAAUCGUAAUGGAAAUAAGACUGAUCUUCGGUAUCUGCAAUCAGAAAUGUAAGUUAGUUUUUGUAUGUUUAGAAUGUAUCGUUUGAGACAAAAUUCUAUACUUUAUGUUUACAAGUGUCAUAUGCAUAUAAAGUUUUAUGAAAAGAAAUGUUGUAAGUAAGCCUUAAAGAUAGUUAUGUAUAUCAUUAGAAAGGUCUCUCCAAAAUACGCAUUAUUGCAUCUAUUUCUCUAAACAAACUUUUGACCUGUAACAACACUAGAAAUGUGGCAUCAUUGAAUUGUACAGUGAAAUUACGCUCAAGGGGAAGUAACAAAUUACUAACAAUGACAAGAACCCGAUUAUUAAGUAUUUGUGUACUGAAAUCAGACUGGGUCAGUAUGGUUACAUGAAAAUGAGAUUAAGCCAUUGUCAUACUGAUUUUAAGUUUGCAGCUAAACCUAUCUUAAUGGCCACCUGUUUAAAGCAAACACUUGCCUUAAGUUAAGCAGUAUGUCAGCUCAUUUCUCAAGUUUACUUUUUGUUCUAAUUAUAUAUUACCUGAAGUAGUCACCUACCUGUUGCAGUCUGAUUAAGUUGCUCCAGUUGCUGGCUGCUUAACAGAAUUAACUCGUGUAAAAUCAUCUUGUGAACUUAGGACUGGAUCUUGUGAACUGUUGACAAGGUUCAUGAACGGUUGACUAGAUCUUGUAAACUUUCAACUAUCUUAUUAACUGUUGAUUAGAUUUUUUAAGCUAUUGACUGGAUCUUGUAAAUUGUUGAAUAGAUUUUGUGAACUGUGGUUCAGGUCAUGUGAACUAUUGAAUGGAUCUUGUGAACUGUUGUAUAGGUUGUAUGAAUUGAUGACUAGAUCUUGGUAAAUGUUGGCGUGGUCAUUUGAACUGUUGGCUACAUCUAGUGUGUGAACUAUUGACUAGAUCUUGUGAAUUAUUAACUGGAUAUUGUGAAUUAUUGACUGGAUAUAUCGACUAGAUCUUGUAAACUGUUGGCUUGAUCUUGUGAACUGUUGACUAGAUCAGGAGAACUGAUGACUAGAUCUUGUAAACUGUUGGCUAGAUCAUGUGAACUGAUGACCAGAUUUUGUAAACUGUUUACUAGAUCUUGU